CGGGGCUCGUCCUCCGCGCGCGCUCGGGGCGGGUCGUGUGACGUCACGCGCGCGUCCUCGGACCAGACACUCGGCGAGUCCGCGCGACCGUACCGGAUAUCUGCGCCCGAGAACGCCGACGAAACCGACACUUGAAGCGGAACGGAGGGAACCGGAUAAAGCGCGGAGAUGUCUGUGGCGGGGCUGAAGAAGCAGUUUCACAAAGCGACGCAGAAAGUCAGUGAGAAGGUCGGAGGAGCUGAAGGCACCAAACUAGACGAUGAUUUCAAAGAAAUGGAAAAGAAAGUGGACAUUACAAGCAGAGCGGUGCUGGACAUCAUGACCAAAACCACAGAAUACCUGCAGCCGAACCCUGCAUCCAGGGCUCGUCUCAGUAUGAUCAACACCAUGUCUAAGAUCCGGGGUCAGGACAAGGGUCCAGGUUACCCUCAGGCUGAGACGGUGCUGGGGGACGCCAUGCAGAGGUUCGGCCGCGAGCUCGGAGAAGAGUCCUGCUUUGGUCUGGCUCUGCUGGACGCCGGUGAGUCCAUGCGUGAGCUCGGGGAGGUGAAAGACGCUUUGGAUAUCAACGUCAAACAGAACUUCAUCGACCCGCUGCAGAACCUGCACGACAAAGACCUCAAAGAGAUCCAGCACCACCUGAAGAAGAUGGAAGGCCGCCGUCUGGACUUCGAUUAUAAGAAGAAGCGUCAGGGGAAGGUGACGGACGACGAGAUCAAACAGGCGCUGGAGAAAUUCGACGAGUCUAAAGAGAUCGCGGAGCAGAGCAUGUUUAACCUGCUGGAGAACGACAUCGAGCAGGUGAGUCAGCUGGCGGCUCUGGUCCAGGCUCAGGUGGAGUAUCAUCAGCAGGCCGCUGAGAUCCUACAGCAGCUCUCCAGCAAGAUAGAAGACAGGAUAAAGGACAUGUCCAACAAACCCCGGAAGGAAUACAUUCCCAAACCCCGCAUGGAGCUUCAGCUGCCCAGUGAGAAUUACAACGGAGGAAUAAACUCUGCAAAAUCACCUGCCCGCUCGCCAGCUCCGUUGGAUCAGCCGUGCUGUCGCGCUCUUUACGACUUCGAGCCGGAGAACGAGGGCGAGCUGGGCUUCAAAGAGGGCGACAUCAUCACUCUGACCAAUCAGAUCGACGACAACUGGUACGAGGGCAUGAUCCACGGCCAAUCAGGGUUCUUCCCCAUCAACUACGUGGACAUCCUGGUGCCUCUGCCUCACUAGGCCCUGCCCACCCCCGCUGUUGCCUAGCAACCCGACAGCCGCCUUUAUCGUGCAUCUGUGCUACAGCUUCACUUCCUGUUCCUGUCGAUCAGUGACUCGGAGGAUUAUGGUGAUGUUUGAGGAGGAUUAUAGACAUUACGGAGUUCUGUCUGAGUGGAGAAACAGUUCAAGUGCUCAGUGUGAGUGUGUGUGUGUGUGAGUGUUUGCGCUCCUGGCGAAUCAUGGGUCUGUUUAUAUCGUUUUCCUCGUGUUUCAGAUGAUUUAUUUGUACUUCGCCUCGAUCGACGUAACGGAACUAGCGCUUCACUCUUCUGAUAAACCUCACUUAGUCCAGCUCUAUCCCAGCAUGCUUAGAGGAACGUUCUGGAUCUCCAGAUGUGUGUUUGAUUGCGUCGCAGCUCUCCGUUCGUCACACACCUUCAGUCUUUUCUUCUCCUAGCUAAGCAGCGAACAAGAGGGUUCAUUUUAUUGCUUGUUGCAUUUCGCUUUGGCUCAGAACAGAACUGUUGCUCCUGCACUGCAAACGUGUUUUUGUCUUGUUUCCACUACAAAUAUCUAAAUGUUCUUUUAUCGAGAUAAAUAAAUUAGUCUUUUUUUCUGAAAAAUUUAUAAAGCGACUUUAUGCUUAAAACAGUAAGAAAUACCUAACAAUGGAAUUAAAAAAAAAUGUACUAAGUUUAUUUAUCUGACCCCACUGACAGAUAUGUUUUUUUUUAAAAAGACUUCAUAUUUUGAUGAUAAAUGCUGGUAAAUGUAAUACAAUGUAGAUAUAGUACAAUAUAGCAAACGUAUCUUAAUUGAAGAAUUUUACUAGAAAUUUAUAAUGGAAAACAAGACAAAAAUAGGGUAACACUUUACAGUUAGUUAACUGUGGUCAACUUACAUCAACUAGCAAUGAGCGAUACAUUCGUUACAGCCUUUAUUAAUCUUUGUUUUUAAAACGUCAUCGUUAGUUCAUGUUGGCUCAGGUUCGUUAAAUAAUAUAAACAGAUGCAACUUUGUUUUAGUAAAUGUUGAAAUUAACACGAUCCAAGAUUAAUAAGCGCUUAAGAAUGAUUUUUCAUUGUUAGUUCAUGUUAGUUAGUUCACACAGAAUAUUGUGUUAACCCAAAACGUUUGGGACACAUUCUCUACUUAUUGUUCAUAGUUUCUAGUGAAAUAUGAAAAUGCAAUAAGGAUACUGAACGUAGAGCACACACGUCGGCGCGGCGUAUUUUGGAGCGUGGUAGCUGGUUUGUUAUCGGUCCGAAGUGGUCAACCAGCCCUAAAACCCACAUGACUACGACUGACCAGAUCAACUUGAGCUAACAGUCCAACUAGUAAACCAUCCAGACUAGCACAUGACCAGCAACGUGCAGCCAUCAUAAGCUAGUUAACCUGGGGUUUCCUUUCAGCCUGAUGGUAUAAGCAGCAUAUAAAGUCUUAUUUUUUAACUAAGUGGAAUUUCCACAAAUGCCAAGAUAGUGUUACCGGAGUGCGCUGGUUAUCGUGUGUGUGUGUGUGUGUGUGUGUGUGAUCGUAUCCACAUAGAAUAUAAUGCUAGUAACUACUGUAGUGUUAGUGGUUAGUUGUUAGUGCCGUGAUGUUUGUAAGCACAUGUGGUUUGAGAAAGACUAUUUUUAAUGUUGGUUGCAGCUGAUGAAUAUUUCUAGCGUCUAACAGACGGAAGUGUAGCAGCGUUUAUUGUUUUCCUGGUUGAUGGACCAUGUUCUUCAGCGCAGCUCGUGCUGUGUGUCGUUUGAUGCCUUCAACGCGUCCGGCCUUCGUUUGAACCGGCGCCGGACGUCGCCCGCUGCUCGCGGCCAGUGACGGUGGAAGCCACCUCCGAAUAAACUAAGACGACCUUUCUCACGACCGAACGUUUAAAGCUAGCAUUCGCGAGUUAUUUUACCAAGUCUGUUUUUCACGAAGUUUGCGUUUUACAAUUCUGACAGUUUUCUUCGAAUUUCGAGUUCCACAAUUAGUUCUUUCCUUCUUUUCUUAAACUACAUUUUUUUUAAAUAGUUGAAACUAUGCCGCAAUUUGGAGUUUCUGGCAUUUUUUCGCAAUUCAGAAUAUAGAUCGCAAAACUCGGGUUUCUAACUUUUUUCUUGGAAUUUUAAGUUUAUAUUUCCUGGUGUGGAACUUUAAGUCAUCUUGCAAUUCCAAUUGUUUUUCUUAGAAUUCUGACUUUUGUUUGAAAUCGUUCUAUCUCUGACUUUUUGCGGACUUUAGAGAAUUCUCUCAGAAUUCUGCUGUUUUUCUUUGAAUGUUGAGUUGGAAUGAUCUCACGGUUCAGACGCUUCCUCGCUAUUCAAAUUGCUUUUCUUUAAUUCUGACUUUUCUUUUAGAAAUUGGACUUUUCGUUUACAUUCAUUCGGAAAACAAGUCAGAAUUACUUGCGCUUACCGAUUUUUAUGUUUUAUUCAGUGGUGGACAUAAGCUUCCACCAUCGUUUAGAAGCCUAGCAAAGAGUUCCCUCUUUUUGUUGUGAUUUUAUUCGGGGCCGCUAGCUGAAGAAACGCCGCAGAUUUCUGGACGUGAGCAUGAGUUCUGUGCCAUCUGUUCUCCGUCACGCGUGUCUGGAUCAGGUGCGACGCACAUCUCCUUCACCUUCAUUGAGGUUUCGUUCUGAAUAGCCGUGAACACAAGCGACACGCCACGAGAUGUUUUGAUUCGUGGUGUGUAGCUCCGCCCACACGGCUUCACCCGUGUUCUGAUUGGCUGCGGUUGAUUCACGUCGCACCUGGUUUGGAGAAUCUCAUGAAACCUGUGAAGAUCAUCUCCGGCUCACAUUUCACCCCAAUUCUGUGCGACGUUUUUUAGACGAUUAAUGUGCGACGAUUUUUGCGCUAUCAUUAUUUUUAUGACAAGUACAUAUGUUUACAUUGAUGGUAAAAAUAUAAAUGCAAGCAAGUUAUUGUCAGUUGCAAAAGUAUAUUUGUAGAGAACAAAUGAAAUGUAUAUAACUGAUUGUUUAUUUAUUACAUAUAUUACAGUUCUAAUUUAUUUUAAGUGUUUAGGUUUUCUUUUUUUUAAAUUUAUUUGUUUGAAUUUUACACUUUUAUGAUUUCAUUUAUUUGAAAUUAUUUUUUUCCCAAUGAGAAUUCAGCUUAAAUCUGUUUAAUUGGCACGAAAAUAUUGUCACGUAAUAAUAAUAAUAAUAAUAAUAAUCCAAGCUGGGCGUUUCUUUGCAGAAUUCAUGAGGUUGAGACACGCUCUUAUUCUCAUUCUUAAAUCUCUACGCUUUCCAGUUCAAUCAAACAGUGUUAUUAUUCAUAAUAGUAUUAUCACAGAUUUCCAGUCAGUCACACCUGAUAUGGGCAAUAACUCUGAAAUCACACUCUUUGAGCUAUAUAUAUAUAUAUAUAUAUAUAUAUAUAUAUAUAUAUAUAUAUAUAUAUAUAUAUAUAUAUAUAUAAUGUAAAUGUGUGUUUGAAUGGCAGUAUAAACACAUCGCUCGACGUCCUGUAAUGAGUGUGAGUGAAAGCGUGAGUCAAUCCAUGUUUUUGCACGUGAUGUUACAGAGAUUCACCGUUACGAAUUGGUUAUGAUGGUGUACGUUUGUAUUUAUUUUGCUCUUUUCCUGUGCUGGAUGACAAACCUGUACCGCUUGAUGUGAGACUAUAUUGAGAAUAAACACAAUGUCACUGCUCA